AAAAGAAAAGGGCGAGAGAGAGAGAGAGAGAGAGUGUGUAGAGAGAGAAAGUGAGGAUUUUGGGUAGUGGAGGAGUGGGAAGAAAAAAAAUCAGGGUUCUUGGAGGGGCUGAUUGAACAUUUUUCUUUCUCUUUGGGUUUGUGAUUAUUUCAUUUUUUAGUUUUUAGUUUUUUUUUUUAUAAAUUUUGUAAGACUUGGAGAUGUAUAUAGCUUCAAUGCGAAAGUCGUUCAAGGACUCUCUGAAAGUUCUUGAAGCUGAUAUUCAGCAUGCAAAUACUCUGGCCUCAGAUUUUCCGAGGGAGUAUGAUGGUGCUUGUCUUCAGAUGAGAAUGUCGUACAGUCCAGCCGCUCAUCUCUUCCUUUUUCUGGUGCAAUGGACUGACUGCAACCUUGCGGGAGCCCUCGGGCUGUUAAGAAUUUUAAUUUACAAGGUUUAUGUGGAUGGCUCGACCACCAUGUCUACCAAGGAAAGGAAAGCAAGCAUCAGAGAGUUCUAUGCUGUUAUUUAUCCCUCUUUAUUGCAACUUCAAGGAGGUGUCACUGAUAGUGAAGAUAAAAGGCAGAAAGCAGUAUGCAUGGAAAGAUAUCGCAAAAGAGAUGAUGAAGAAGGUCGAAAGUGGUCAGAUAUAGACAUUGAAAGAGAAGAGGAAUGCGGUAUAUGCAUGGAGACAAAUAGUAAAAUUGUACUGCCUAACUGCAACCAUGUUUUGUGCCUGAAAUGUUACCGUGAUUGGCGUACAAGAUCUCAAUCGUGCCCUUUCUGUCGUGACAAUCUUAAAAGAGUGAACUCGGGCGAUCUCUGGGUAUACACCGACAGCAGGGACAUAGUCGACAUGGAAACAGUGAUGAAGGAGAAUCUCAGGAGGCUUUUCAUGUAUAUAGAUAAGUUGCCCCUUGUUACACCGGAUAACCCUUUUGACUCGUAUGAUUCCCACUUAAGGUGAUCGAUGGGGUCCAAAAACCAGUCUCCCGUUGCAAUUUAAUGAACUAGUUUCUUUUCUUUUGAUUGCAUAAGGACCGAAAAUCCAUUCGGCAGGUGUAAGUAGGUCGGUAUCGUCCCACUUCUGUUCAGAAGACCCGGCCUGAGUUAUUGUUGGCUGGCGGGUGAAGUUGAGGAGUCUAUAAAUUGUAUGUAGUGCAUUUGUACAUGCUUGUACAGCUUUGAAGUUAGCUUAGUUUUUUUACAUACAAGUCCUCUCCUUGUUUCGAAUUGAGUGGGUUCGGACGGAGGAACUGUUUCGAAGCGGAGGGAUGGGCGAACGCAAUGAGGUGAGAAUUUCUGGUUGAUGAAAGACACAGAUUAUGUUUCUUCGUGCUAAGUUGCAACCGAUAUACAAACCAAAACUUUGAAGAUGGAUGGGCUUCAACUGUGUUCAUUGUUCCUGAAAUAAUGGACAACUGAACUAAUAGACUUUGUUCUUUCGUGGGCACAUAUGAGCUUAUCUGUCUUUUCAAUUUUCCUUUUUUCAUUAGCAUAUACUCAUUAGGUUAUGUUUUUGAAAUGAUUGAAAAUGCAUUUUCAUAUAAUUAGAAGCGAUUUAGACGUGA